CUCCAGCUGGAUCAGCAGCACGAGAGGUCCCUCCCGGGAGGUUGAGUCCGGGGUAGGGGUACCCGCGGAACUGCUUGCGAGCGUGAAAUUGACUGACGGACACGGCUGCCUUGGUGCAGAGUCUAUUGUACCCCAGCACAUACUUUUUCCACUUACCAUAACCAGUUGGAGCCUAGAGUUGAUCUGACUCCAGCGGCUUUUCCGUCUUUUUUGCUGCCACUGUCUUCCUGCCUAAAGAGCUGGAUGGCCUCUGGCUGAGAGCUGCUACCAAGAUGGCUGGGGAGCAAGAAAGAGCUUAUUUAAAGAACCCUUUUGCGGAAGGAACAUAUUCACUCAUACGGUUUCAGAAUGUCAAGUAGUGUGUCCUACUGGAUUCUCAGUUCUGCAAGGAAGACCUUUGCCACAUUGCAGGGGGGACAACGUUUAUAUUCAAGGUAUGCCUCAAAUAGGAGUAAAUCAAAAUGGAGACUCUGUCCCCAGGGGCAGGCCACCCUAAAAGACAAUGCCGCUGCAUGUGGUGGCAUUGCUCUGCAGAAAGCCUACAGACACACAUCAACGGAGGAAGAGGACUUCCACUUGCAGCUCAGCCCGGAGCAGGUAAAUGAAGUGCUGAGAGCUGGUGAGUCGGCCCAUAAGAUUCUUGACCUUGUCAGCAGAGCUCCAGGUUCAGUGCUACGAUUUGAGAGCAACCAGCUAGCUGCCAAUUCCCCAGUGGAGGACCGGGGAGGUAUAGCCGCCUGCCUGCAGACCAACGGACUGCUGUUUGGCAUCUUCGAUGGACAUGGUGGCCACGCAUGUGUUCAAGCAGUGAGCGAGAGGCUCUUCUACUAUGUGGCCGUGUCACUAAUGUCCCAGCAGACUCUGGAGCAAAUGGAGGAGGCCAUGGAAAGCAUGAAGCCCCUGCUGCCCAUCCUUCAGUGGCUCAAGCACCCAGGGGACAGUAUCUACAAGGAUGUCACAUCGGUGCACCUUGAUCACCUCCGCGUCUACUGGCAGGAGCUGCUGAACCUGCACAUGGAAAUGGGGCUGAGCACUGAGGAAGCAUUAAUGUACUCCUUCCAGAGACUGGAUUCUGACAUCUCACUAGAGAUCCAGGCCCCCCUCGAAGAUGAGAUGACCAGGAACCUUUCACUCCAGGUUGCUUUCUCAGGGGCAACGGCUUGCCUGGCCCACGUUGAUGGGGUUCACUUGCACGUGGCAAACGCUGGCGACUGCCGGGCCAUCCUUGGUGUCCAGGAAGACAACGGCAUGUGGUCUUGUCUGCCCCUCACCCAGGACCACAAUGCCUGGAACCCAGCCGAGCUGUCACGGCUGAAGAGGGAGCAUCCUGAGUCCGAGGACAGGACGGUCAUCAUGGAAAACAGGCUGCUGGGAGUCCUCAUGCCCUGCAGGGCCUUUGGGGACGUCCAGCUGAAGUGGAGUAAAGAGCUGCAGCGCAGUGUUCUGGAGCGGGGCUUCGACACCGAGGCCCUCAACAUCUACCAGUUCACCCCCCCGCACUACUACACCCCACCUUACCUGACGGCCAGGCCAGAGGUCACCUACCACAGGCUGAGGCCACAGGAUAAGUUCCUCGUGCUGGCCUCUGAUGGCCUGUGGGACGUGCUGGGCAACGAGGAUGUGGUGAGGCUGGUGGUGGAGCACUUGGCUGAAGAGGGUCAGCACAAGCCAGACCUGGCCCAGAGACCCACCAACCUGGGACUCAUGCAGAGCCUGCUGCAGCAGAGGAAAGCCCAGGGGCUCCAUGCAGCGGACCAAAACGCAGCCACACGUCUGAUCAGAUACGCCAUAGGGAACAACGAAUACGGGGAGAUGGAGCCUGAGCGGCUGUCGGCGAUGUUGACGUUGCCGGAGGACUUGGCAAGGAUGUAUAGGGAUGACAUCACAGUCACCGUGGUGUAUUUCAACUCGGACUCAAUUGGUGCGUCUUCCAAGGGGAGUUAAGAGUCUCCCACCCUGUUGCCAAGGUUAACUUCAAUGUUCUUCUGAGACAUUUUCCCUGACUCAAAACCUGGCUCUUUAGACCCUAUGGUUGAAGGGCAGGUGGAUAGAUGCAGCUUGCUUAAUUAUAGACUAAUGUGAGGAAAAAACAGUCUUGGAUUAAAAACAAAUCUAGUGAUUUUAUGUGCCUGCGUGUUUUGGUCACCUCUUCUAUGCAGAGAGGGUAGAGCACAGAGACGAUCGACUUGUCUUGGGCUUGUGUAACCCAAGUCCUUUUAUAAAGACACUGUUAAAACUGUCAGCCUGAGCCUGGAAAGGGUAAAUUUAAUUAUGAUUCUAAGAAUAUGAAGAAGUCCAGGAUCUUCUGAGCUCUUGCUGCAAAAUCUGGAGACUUGAUAAUUCUGUGUGUAAUCAUGGACUUCUACACUAUGAAGGGAAGUUUUUGUUUUUUAUUCUGAAGUUACUAAAGACCUAGGUUUACAAAGCAUAUUACAGGACACUUUUCUAUGCAAUAUUCUAACUUGUGUGUGUGUUUAGUUGUGAAAACAUUUUGUAAUGCUGCAUUCUAGUUCUGAUUUAGUUUAUGUUAAAAUUGAGUCCUCAAACUUGCCAAACAGGCGUGCUGUGAGCGAGCAUGCUUAGAAUGAGUUUUCUUGGUUUUUCAGCUGAGGGUGAAGGUGGCCAGGCCCCUGGACCAGCUGAAUUUGUGUAGCUUUCAAGCCCUUCCUCUGUGUCCCACCCCUUGAACCUUUGAGCCAUGCUAGGAGGUAACUUCUGUCUGAGCCUUAACUCCUGGCCUUUCCUUCAUUAAUAAAAUUUCCUCCAGUGUUCAGUAAAUCUCUACAGAUUUACUCAUAGUACUUAGCCUUUCUGAUUAUACUUCUCAAACAUUCCUCUAAUUCCUCCUAAUGCUCCUUCCCCCACUGCUAUGCUGAACUUGCUCACCCUGCUGACUGUGCAAUACUGUCUAGAAAGAAUGCUCUCACUUCACAUGGUUGCAGGGAAGCAGGAAAUUCAUGACUGUAUGUGGUAAUCGUGACAGUUUAGGCAGGACUGGCUUAUGCAAUGGAUUCUAGACUUUGAGAUUCAGCCUGAAUCUGGAGAGGUAAAAAUGUGAAGGACCUGAGAACAGUUGCUAACCAAGGCUCCCUGGCUGCAUCCCCAGGGGUGGUGGGGAGGAGGGAGGGGGGAGAUUUUUUCAGAUGGGACACUUGCCCAUAGACUAGUGGGAUAAAUGGCCACUGCUACUCCUCAGUAAUUAGGCCUUAUUUAGUAUAAGAGUUGCGCAAAAAAUAGUGUAACCUGUAGUAGCUUCUGUGGGCUGCACAGUCUGUGUUUAUUGGAAAAUUAAACCAUGUGGAUCUUUUUUAGGGGGAUGAAUUUCAUGUUCUGAAAUUGCUGUAGUUAAAUAGGAAGUGUGUCUCUAGAUGGAAACAAAUAUAAACCUGCAGAACUGACUUUAUUUUCCUGUACUAUCUUCCUGUUGAUGGUUCCCCUCAUCUGACCCCCUUGAGCCACCCACUGAAAGGAAAGCAAAAUAGGUAUGACUUUCAUAUUCGGGACAAGGGACAGUCAAGUGUUGAGACAGCCUAGGGAUGUUUCCCUGUACAUUUAGUGAUAUUGUUUUGUCUAAGAAAUUCUCUUCUGAGUGCUUAAGCCUUUGUCCUUUUAUUCUGAAAAAUCUUAACUCAAAUAAAACCUGAAUCCCUAUCAUUUAGCUUGCAUGAAGUUUCGUUACUAGAGCCAAACACUACUCAUCUGCAAUCCUUCAUUCUUUAUGCCAGCUAAACCCUGGCACACCCUCAGAGCAUUUACUGGGGUUAAAGAGUGUCUGAAUUCUGUUUUGGAGCCUCGCAUGGGCUCUUAAAUAUACCUGAUUAACUUGUGGAACAGCUGAGAGAAUACAGACUUCCAACCUAUUCCUUCAAGGGUGUCUGUGGUUUUUCUCAGCCUAAUAGAUUUGCUUUCUAAUUGGCAUAUUGAGAGAGAAGAAAGGCUUGUUUAUUGUCUGCCCUUUUUCCACUGUGAACUCUGCCAUGAAUGCUUCGAGGAGCAGCUCCUCCUGGUUAACCCCAGUGUGUCUGACUCCCUGACUACAAUUUUGGUGUCACUGGCCUGAGGCACAUGGGCUACCACUUGAGGAUGGGUAGUAGAAUUUGAGAGGGGGUUGGUGGUACUUGUCAGGUCUUCUGAAAUACGUAUCAUUCCUUGUAUGUAAAGAUUUUGAUAUUUAGACUUCUAAAAUGAACUAAAAAAUGAGAUUGUUUAAGGUGUCACUUAUGAAUAAACUAUGCUUUAUUGGUCCUUUAAAUUGCAUAUUUAUUUUAGGUAAGAAAUGUUGGUAAUAUUGGCAUACUUUAGAUAUUGUUAUAUAAAUAAUACAGUUCUGCUGUUUCUGGGGAUUGAUCAAAAUGGAUAGAGAAGUUCUAAGUUCAAGUUAGUAUGUUAGGUCAAGUUAUGUGUUCAGUCUUCUGAGAUGUUAUUUGGAACAUUAGAGCUAAUUUAUUAUAAUGAAAGUGUAAACUUUGAGGUACGUUAACAUUUUCCCCAGAAGUAUGAUUGGCCUAAAAGGUCGACAAGAAAAUGUUCAGAAUGAGUCUGGCUUGAUUUGUUCAUCCAUCAGUCCCUAGUGACCUAUUUUUCAUUUGACAGUUUUGGAAUUCUGCAUUUCCCAGGUUAAACCAGGAUAUUCUGGAACUGAGCUAUCCUAGUUUCAUUUUAAGUGGUUCAUUUGUCUCUGAACGUGGCUCUCAUCGCAGAGGAAGCCCUGGUGUGGCUUUGGGGCUGGGAAUAAAGGCUGGUGGCGCUGCUUUGUCCUGUGAGCUGCCACGUGUGUCACCAAGUGCAAAACAGAGGCCUGCAGUGUGACCAUCUCCUGAGCAGGCUCGAGGCUCUUUCCCUGACACCUCGGGCACCUGACAUGUAGCUAACCUCCUGGAAAAUAUUUCGUAUCAAGCAUUUACUUGGGAAAAUUAACCAUGUUCUUUAAUAUUUACUGAUAUUUGUAAACUGUAUACCAAUGUUCUUUUUGACAUUGAUUUUCUCACCAUGAGAGAUAUUUAAGUGAAACUUGUAAAUAAAAGAGGCAAAA